CUCCCAGCGAGAUGCCGCGCGCAUGCCCUGCCUGUCAGGCAGGGCGCUUGGUACUGGAAGAGGUCAUCGCAUGAAGGCGCGUCAGUGGCAGACCUCUUCUUCGUUUGCAGCCCUGUGGGGCUCCAGUCUGCACCUCGCUGCCAUUUACUUAACUACCGAAUAGAUCCAGUUACAUUACCGAUGGCGGCAGCUGGCUUCCGCACCGCGGCCCAAUUUUGCGUGGUCGUUCAUGCGGGCGCUGUCCUGAUGUUGCACAAGCAACUUGGAGAGGAGAGCGGGGGUGGCGGGGAGACCCGAAGAUACGAGCAGGAAGAUGGCGCGGAGGUCCAGAUCGGCGUGAUGAGCAAGACCGGCGUCACGCGAUACAGCGCCGAGCGGAUCAGGAAGGUCUCCAGCAAGGACGGCUUCUACAUGGGGGAUCCAGGUGCGGCGGACGGUUCCAGAUACGUCGGCGCCACCGACCUGACCGACAACGUCUCGUGGGGUUGGCACCACCCGAACGGCGUCUACAACAGCAUCCCGGUCGGCGCCCCUCUCAUCGACGACGAGAUGAGCAUCUACCUGGGCUCGGACGACGCGGUCCGGAAGUUCACCGUCAACGGCGACCUCGUGUGGACCUACGCCCCCCGCGGAGCCCUCGCAGCCGCGCCGACGCUCGUGACUCCCAGCGACAGGAGAGGACGCAAGAGAAGUCCGCCUUGCUCAUCGGGACCGCGCAGGAGGCGGAGGCCGAGGACGAGCUCCGGCCUCAGCGGCCAGCUGGCAUGGACUCGCAGACAGGCGACGCCCUGAGCUUGUUCAGCCACGUCAGGGUCGGCGACCGUCUUCGGGUGAGGGCGGGCAUGGGAUAUCAUGCCGACGGCAAGGAGUACUACAAGUCUGGCGACGAAGGUGAGAUCAUGAAGAUCGUCACCGACACACAGGGCAGCGACAAGGCCGUUGUGCGGUGGGCGCGCACGCGUCAAAGCAGCGUCGCGCCGAUCGCUUCUCUCCAUAAGAGGUUCGUGCGCAUCACUGAAGGAUUGGCCAGGACCGUGGGCAUGCUGGUUGGCAGCACUAGCUCUGGCUACGUGUUCGCCCUGGACAUGGCAACAGGUGAGGAGAUAUGGGCCACCAAGGCCUCCGACGAAAUCCAAGGAGUGAAGGGAGCAGUCUCUGGCAGGAACGGGGUAGUGGUGGCUGCAACCAACCGCUGCAAGGACCGCUAUUGUUACCGCUAUCGCAAUCAGACUAAUCCCUUGACACCGUCUAACACUGUCGUCAGGGGCCUGAGCGCCUCAGAUGGAAGCGCCCUCUGGGAGUUCAAGCCAACGUCCCCUGUCUGGAACAUGGUGCCGAUGUACAGCAACGACAGUACAACAGUCAUGUUCAGCGACUUCGAGGGCAGCGCCUACUGUCUGGAUCUCCUGACCGGCGAGCUCAAGUGGCAGCACCAGGGCGCCAUGGGGACAUACACCCAGUCGUUCGCCGUGUACUUUGGCCCUGGCAACCUCCUCUACACGAUGGGCCUGAAGAACGAAGGCUCGUGGUCCUACGAGCACAACUUCGGGGGCCGUCGGACUGCAACCCGUUCCCAGCACCCGGUAUCCUGCCCUGGUGCGGCACUUGGGCGGGCUCCUCGGGGUGGUUCCGGGCGCUCAACGCGAGCUCCGGCAGGGUGCGGUGGGAGUACGACCUCGAGGAGAGCCGCCCGCCUCGGCCGGCUUCGGCGAGAUGCACAGGGAAGGCCGGGGCACCCGGCUCGUCAUCACCAUGGGCCACAAUUGCCGCUACAGGUCACCGUCCAAGAUCCUGAGCCUGGACCCCCGUCAACGGCGGAUUCCUGUGGGCGAGGGACGGCCCCACGCUGUGGACCGACCAGUGCGCCGGCGACAAGGACGGCGCCGACAUCCGCAGGGCCAUGGGCGGCCGGGCCGCCUGUGAGCCGUCGUCGUGGUCGGCGCCGGCCAUCGACAUGUACGGUGACCUCUACGUCGGCAGCCAGGUCGGGGAGCUCCAGAGAUGGGGCACGCACGACGGCUCGCACGGCAACCGGAAGAUCCAGGUGCUCUCCACCCUCACCACCGGGGUCGCGUUCCAGGACUCGAGACCUCGCCAUCACGUUCGCCCCUGGCAUGAUGGCCGUGUCGACGUGCACAUCCCUCAUCGUGUUCAGCACCGUCGACGGCGCACCCAGCAUGAGACGUGACGGUGCUCCCGGAAAGGAAGCACGCGGAGCCGUUCGAGUAUUGAGCGAGCGCGCCCCGGAAGGCGACGCCGCGCCCCCGGUGCUGCCCGUGCUCGCUCGGGAGCUGCCAGAGGCUGACCUUCCGGCCGGGGCUCGGGCGGCCCAGGGCUGCACAGCGGGGGCCCAUGCCGAGAAUCACCCCGCUCGUCUCCAGGGGCCACGCCAUGCGCCGCUCGCCGCCAGCACUGCCUGCGUGCCGAGCCGAAGUGCUGGCCGCCGCGUGCGGCCGCGUGCGGCGGUGCCCUGUGCGCGGGACCACCAGGCCAGGCGAGCCGGCGGACGGUGCGGCGGCGCCCCACAGCGGGCGCGCUUGCCCGCUGAGGGCCCCCGCGCGCGCGGGCCCGUCGCAGGGGCGCGAGCGACUCGACGCCGCUCUCCACCCGCGCGGCCGCUCGCCCUGCUCCGAUGCUGGGCUUCGGCGCGCGCCUUUUGGCCCGGUCGCCGCCCAACCCCCUGGCGCCCUGUGCGCGCCUGGGUCUUUUCGGGGGCCUCUAAGCAGGCACGUCGAAGCAGAAGUCGGCCUGCCAGCAGGUGCCCCACGGAUGCGGUCGGCAUGUUUUAGAUAGCGUGUCUGUUCUUCUAUUUCUUGCCAUGUUUGAACCUGUUUUGGCUACUUCUGUAGUCCUAUAUCCGCCUGUGGGAGGAUAUGCCCGACCUCAGCCUGGGGUCACCCCUUGCGUGUGGCCGAGAUCUCUUGUGGCAAGGUGCCUUACCGUGUGUGCCUGCUGCAGCGCCAGCCAGGCAGCUGUCAGCCCCGCCCUGGCGAAGGCCACCCCCGGGCCCAGGACGGGCGGGCGACGCAGCCGGAGGGGGUCGACUCGAUUGAGCGGGCAACCCCACCGCGUGGUCGCCGCCAUGUCCACGUGUGUAAGACCUUUUUUAUUUCCCGUCCGUCGCCCGGAUCCGAUCAUGGGCCCUUCUCCUACAGCCCCGCCUCCCACGCGUAGCGCUCUCCUCCUCGCCAUUAUCAUUUUGUCUCGCAGCGCCACCUCCUUCAGCGAAUUAUGCGUGCAGUGCAGAGCCACUGGUGCCUGUAUCUCGCAUUGGAGGGCCAUGACACGAGAACCUUUGACCUUCCUGUUUGAGAGGGCCGAGGAAUCCCUGAG